UUUCUUACUUCUUACAAAAUUUAAAAUAUAAGUUUUAUUUAUUUCAUCACAAACUGUAAUUGGGUUAUCCUAUUAUCACCUCCUUGGAAGGAACUCAGGAUUCGCGAGCAUAUUUUCCAGAAACCCUAAUGUCAUUUCUCGAAGAAUUUCAAGCCAAUUUAGAUUCUCUCCCCGUUAUUCUUCAGAAGAAGUAUUCAUUGUUGCGUGACCUAGAUAAGAGUUUACACGAUAUUCAAAGGCAAAAUGAACAGCGUUGUCAACAAGAAGUUGAAGAUAUUAGGAGAGGAGUUAGGCUUGGAAAUAUCACACCUGAUGUUUCGGCUAUUAGAUUCUCUGAUGAAGCACUUGAUGAGCAAAAGCAUAGCAUCCGGAUUGCUGAUGAGAAAGUUGCUUUGGCCGUCCAGGCAUAUGAUCUGGUAGAUACACACAUACAACAACUUGAUCAGUAUCUAAAAAAGUUCGAUGAGGAGCUUCGGCGUGAAAGAGAAAAUGCUGCAAUAGCUGGAGUGCCUUCAUCAGGUCCUGAUGCUACGACAAAAUCUGGAAGGGGUGAAAGUGGUAGAGGAGGACGAAAAAAAUCUCGCCAAACAACAUUGGCCGCAGCAGCUGCAGCUGCAACAGCAACGGAUGCUCAACCCACAUCUGUCAACCCAACUGGCAUGGAUUUAGAUUUACCGGUUGAUCCAAACGAACCCACAUACUGUUUUUGUAACCAAGUUAGCUAUGGAGAAAUGGUUGCCUGUGAUAACCCUGAUUGCAAGAUAGAGUGGUUUCAUUUUGGUUGUGUUGGUCUGAGAGAACAACCAAAAGGAAAAUGGUACUGUUCAAAUUGUGCAGCUACAAGAAAUCGCCGAAAAGGAAAAUGAGGCUGACAGAAGAAAAUAUUGAUGUUAAAUUGACUGAGUGUAUAUUCUUAAUAUUUUCUAGUUGGGUAGUUAUUUUGCCUGAUUUGUCAGGCCUUGAAACUUUGCUUCUGUAGCUUUUAUUCAGGAUAAGUUCCAGUGAAUUUCUGUGUCAGUUUAGUCUUGUAAGUUGUAAUCCAUGUAUAAAACAAAUUUUACCAAUUGCAGAAAAGACUUGUAAUUAUUUUAAGCUUUC